AUGUACUGGACAACGUGGUUGCAUUGUGUCAGUAGAGGGUACUACUGUAGUAUCUCACCAUUUCUUUAUGGUAAUCGCUGUCCCGACGAUGUCGACUUCCUAUCGUCUGACUGCAAACGUAUUCAAGAGUUCCUGCCCGACAUUGCAAAGUGCCUCAAAGCCUGGGACCUCAACAUCAAUGAAUCUAAAACAGAACUCACAAACAUCACACGGCUGAACGACAGAGUGUGCGAGGAAUGGCGCCUCACUAGGAAGCUGGGCUCCCUCAUUGGUGACCACGAGGAUGCUGCGCGGAGAAUGCAACUCGCCACAGCUGCCCUGCACCGGCUCUGGGCAUUAUGGAUACGUGGUUCCAUUGUAAACGAAUCGCUGAGAGUACGGCUAUACAAGGCAUUCGUCUUGCCGGUCCUGUGCUACAACAACGGGACUUGGGGCCUCACUGGCACCGCUAUGCAUAGAGUUGAUGCGUUCCACAGACAACAACUGCGGAAAGUUAUUGGCAUACGGUACCCACCUAAGAUCAAGAAUAACACCCUGUACAAGAGGACAAACUCAACACCACUUGGUAUCUCGAUCCUGGGAGCCCGCUGGCGUCUGUUUGGGCACGUGCUGCGGCUGGACCAGAGUGCACCGGCGAACCUGUCAAUGUGCUCCUAUUUCAAGCCAUCCGCUGACACUUCCUGGAGGGGCAGGCCGCGCACAACUCUGCCGAUCGUGCUCAGACACGAUCUCGAGCUGGUUGGGAGGACCCUCAAGACCUCGGCAGAUCUUGAGCAGCUGAGGAGCAUCGCCCAGAAUCGCGGGGCGUGGACCUACCUCAGCGGCCGUAUCCUGGAGAGAUAUGUUGCUGCUCACAGAUGA